CUACAGCCAGGGGUUUAUCAGUUUUUGCGAACUACCCCUUUCGUUCGAAAAUCACCGUACAAGCACAGAGCCACUCGAGAACGUUUGAUCUCUCAACUGAACCGAGAACAAAGUGCAUAUCUGCCAUGGCCGAAUGUGAAGUAGCAAAAGAAGUGAUCAAUAAGAGAUUUCGAAAAGAUGACGCACCUGGAGAAAUGAAGCCAUGGGAACAGCAUUCGGCUGUAAUUAGCAUCCCUCGCUACGAUUACAAAGCCCCAGCUUCCUUCCUCGAUCGCUCAUUCUCUGGGUUCCUCAUUACAUGCCCUAUAAAAAGGGAGAAAAGUGCCACAAAAGAAGCCAUGUCCAUCCUCAACAAGUAUCUUGGAUCAAUAAAUACUUGUGGUUCUGAACAAGAGGAAGACCCUCAAAAUGUUGUUACAAAAAGAAGGAAAGUAGUUAAUGAAACAGAAAAGGAAUGCACCAAUGAUAUAGAAAACAAGAUUCUUGAUGAAAACACUGAUGCAAAUACAGAAAGAUCUGAUCAUCUUUCACUUAUUAAGCUGACAAGAAGUGGUUUGCUUUUGCUUACAUUUUCACAUGACAAUUGUCCUGAUGUUGUGGCCAUUUUGUCAAACAUCAUGCAAUCUUUGGAAUCUUCAAGUCUAAAAGCACCACUUUGGUGCAAUAGGAUCUUACCAAUCCAAAUGACUUGUGUUUUGCAUGAGAAAGAGCUUUGCAUUCUUGUAUCCAAGCUUGUUGCUGAUUUCAUGAAUAAUGAAGGAAAGGAUCUUAAUCGACCUAUAAAGUUUGCAGUAGGAUACAACAGGAGAGGAAUUGAGGAGACGGAAUUGAAAGGUGGGAAUGGAAUGCUGGAUCGAAGCAAAUGCUUUGAGGUUGUAGCUGGUGCUGUUAAAAGUAUUGUCUCAGAUUCGGUUGUUGAUUUGAAAUGUCCAGAGCUCACUGUUCUUGUUGAGCUUCUGCCAAUUUCUGGGCUGCCAAAAGGGUCACCUGUCGGUGCUGUAUCCGUUCUUCCACGAAAGCUCAUUAUGGCUAAGCCUCGUCUUUGCAUUAAAGCUUUGGUUCAUGAUGUGAAGUCGAAGGAUUAAAUGUUUGGAAGAAGAUUGAUAUGGUUUUGUAUUUUAGAGUCAUUUUAGCAAAAGAUGUAAUGGGGUUGAUCGUUUAGCUAUAAAUUAUAUUAAUUUGAUAUACUUUCCUUUUCUUUUUCUCUGU